CGAGGGUUAGGGUUUUAGAAUCUUAAGAAAGCAAAAGCUCCACCACAAUCAGAGAGGAAGAAGAAGAAGAAGAAGAUCGCAGCCAUGUUUCCAGGAAUGUUCAUGCGAAAGCCCGAUAAGGCUGUGGCCUUGAAGCAGCUCCGUACCCAUGUAGCUCUUUUCGGCGGCUGGGUUGUCAUCGUCCGUGCUGUUCCUUACGUCCUCUCUUAUUUCUCCGAUUCCAAGGAUGAGCUCAAGAUGGAGUUCUGAGACUCCGAUUCACUUUGAAAAUUUCAG